CCCCCAAAUCGGUCACACUGAUUAACUGAUACCGAGAGCUCGCUCUCGCUCUGCGAUCGUGGGUUCAGCCCAUGGGUUCUCUCAGGGGUUCUCUCCCCAAAGCGAUAAGGAGAAUUAAAAACAAAAACAUCUGUGAAACACGAACGACAAUAAAUAGUACCAGUAAAGCAGGUACAAAUCAACAUUUCGAUUAGAUUGAGCUCGAAAAAAAAACUACAACUAAUUGAGGGAACCCGGAAACCCUCAAAACCUAGAAGUGUGCAUAAGUUGACCUAAAAACUUGGAAUAUUAGCAGCGAACAAUACUAUAAAUAAUAGCCAUAAAUUGGAACUGAGUCUACAUUAAGAUGAGCCAGAAAAGUUCAGUACUUUGCGUGGGUUGCACAGUGAUCGACUUUGUGACCAUCGUCGGCAGUUAUCCCAAGGAGGACACCGAUCGUCGCUGCCUGGAUGGAUUCUGGCAACGUGGCGGCAAUGCCUCCAAUGUCAGCACAACACUCAGUGUUCUCGGCACCAAAGUGGACUUUUUUGGCAUUCUUAGCAGUUCGGAUGCGUUUCGGGUGCUCCUCGAGGAUCUCCGCCGUCGGGAGAUCGGCACUCGGAACUGCCCUCUGACAAGCAGGGAUCCCCCGUUUUCAUCGGUGAUACUGUCACAGGACACCGGCUCCCGCACCAUUAUCCACUGCAAUAAGGAUUAUCCGCAAACCACGUGGGAGGAUUUCAGCAAGAUCGAUCUGUCCCAGUACGGAUGGGUGCAUUUCGAGGCUCGCAACACGAUACACACCGCCAGGAUGAUGCAGAGCAUCCGGGAAUACGACCAGAAAACGGGGCAAAGCACCAUCAUUUCGCUGGACUUUGAGACGAGGUACGAUCAGAAUUUGGAACUGUGCCAGUCCUGCGACUAUGUGAUCUUCUCCAAAGAGCUGGCCUCCGACAAGGGCUGGACGACGCCGCGUCAAACAUGUGAGGAACUGGCCUCCGAUAUUCCCAGUAAUGGCGGCCAGAAACCCAUAAUUAUCUGUCCCUGGGGGAGUGAAGGAGCCGUGUGUAUGGAUUCAAAAGGGAACUACAUUAAAUUUUCGUCUUAUCAACCGGAGAAAGUGGUGGACACUCUGGGCGCUGGAGACAGCUUCGUGGCUGGAUUUAUCAACGCCACUUUUGAGCAUCAACGGGGUUUAAGGGAUGCUGUGGACUUUGCCAACCGCGUUGCUAGUCGCAAGAUCGAGGGAUUUGGCUACGAUCAUAUUCAGACGAUUCAAAUCGAGACGAUGGAAUAAAUUAGUUUUGA